AUGUUUCACAGCGGGCCUCCCGAAAUCGGGCCUGGCGAAGUCGAAAAGCUUGGAGUACUCGGCGAUGGUUCCUUUGGCACGGUGUACAGGGGUCGCUGUCGUUCGCAGGAGGUAGCAAUCAAAGUGCUGCAUCGACAAGAUCUUGAUGAGCACUCCCUCAAUGCGUUCCGAAAAGAGGUGGAGAUUGUGAGUCGCAUCUUCCAUCCCAACAUCUUGCUCUACAUGGGUGCCUGUACGAUACCCGGCCACAUGUGCAUUAUCACCGAAUUGAUGCACAAAGGCGACCUCGAAUCGCUGCUGCACGAUGAGAAGGCGGCUUUGCCAAUUGUGCUGCGCAUGCGAAUGGCGAGGGAUGCGGCGCUGGGAAUGACCUGGUUGCACUCCUCCAAUCCCGUAUUUAUUCAUCGUGACUUGAAGACCUCCAACUUGCUGGUGGGCGACGAUUAUAACAUCAAAUUGUGCGAUUUUGGCCUGAGCCAAAUCAAACAAAGGGGAGAGAACCUCCGCGAUGGCGUGGAGGGUGCGAAGGGCACGCCUCUGUGGAUGGCGCCGGAGGUGAUGGCGGGGGAGAUCUUCAACGAAAAGGCCGAUGUGUAUUCCUUCGGCAUUGUCCUCUGGGAGAUCCUGACUCGCCAAGAGCCGUUCAAGGUCAUGCUCACCCCGCCACCUCUGUUUGUAGAGUUUGACAACUACGAAGAGUUCAGGAACGCCAUCUGCAAUCGCCACGUGAGGCCUAUCAUUCCUCCGGGGACCCACCCAGCGCUCAAGCAGUUGAUUGAAGCCUGCUGGCACCACGACCCCACCAAGCGGCCCGCAUUCCCGGCCAUUGUGGCGGCACUCGAGUACAUAAUUGUUGACACCGGCAUCCUGGACAACCAUGGCCGGAAGCUGUGGAAGGACUACUUCCUCAAGAAGGACAAAGUGGGGUGGACCGAUUUCCUCCGAGUCUUCAUGAACAUCAUGCCCUCCACCGAAGAUCCCCAGACCCGCAUCCUGAACAUCAAGUGCCUCUAUGCGCUGCUGGUCGAAAAGGGCAGGGACGGCGACGAAAUGGUCACGAUGGAAGGGUUUGGCAACUUCAUCUCGUGGUUCGGCCCCAUGCUCUCUGAUCAGCUCCCACCGCUGAUGGAACGGGUGCGCUCGGUGCUAAGGAAGAGCUACUUCCACGGCGAUAUCAGCACCCGGGACGCCGAAGGCCAGCUGGCCGGUAAGCAGGUUGGCACCUUCCUGGUGAGGUUCAGCACAUCUUCUCCAGGCUUCUACACGAUCUCCAAGGUCGCGUCUGAUGGCUCCAUCCAGCACCAGAGGAUCAUCCACCACCCCAACCAGCCUGCAUUCUACAUGAACAACAGGGCCUACGCUUCUCUCGAGGAUUUGAUCAACCAGAACGCGAGGGAACUCAACCUCAUCAGCGCAUGCCUGGGCUCCCGCUUCUCGGCCCUCUUCGUGGAGCAGAGUAUAUCCGGCUACGUGCAGUGA